AUGAAUAAAUUUCGAAACGUUGCCGAUAUGCCUGUCUUAUUAGUUGGUACUAAGGACACAUUAUUGGAGAAAAAUCCUCGCGUAAUUAGCGAAGAAGAGGGCAAGCAGAUGGAAAAUCACUUGAAACGUUGCGCAUACUACGAAACAUGUGCGACCUAUGGAUUAAAUGUGGAGCGGGUUUUCAAAGAUGAGGAUGUGCCUCAUAUAUUGGAUCCCAAACGGAUGCGUAUUCAUCCAAGUGUUACUUCCACGACAUCUUCACUGUUUUCUGAGAGACUGGGUGAAAGUAGUAGAGAUCAAGACUCCGAUCGCACCCAUCAUUCUUUGGCAAGCAUUGGUGAAGCACAGGAUGUGGAAGUCCAAUCCCCACAUGCAGUUGUCGCUGGACCACAUGCAACGCAAAAUUUGCCGUGUAGCGAGACACUUGUAUAUAUGGCAAAUUUUGCGUUGCAUUUUGGCGUGACAAGCGCAAUGGAGAGCUAUUUGGAUGAUCUCCAAGAAUUGAGCAUUGCGUCUUCGGCAAAGUACACCUUCAAAUCUGAUGUCAACUUUUUGAAAUCCGAACUUUUCCACCCCUACAAGUACACCCAUUAUUACUUCUGCAAUGGAUGCUCUGGACCUCUAAGAGACCAAACAUCCAAGUGCAACAAGGCUGGAUGCUGUUUGAGAGGGUUUGACGCUGCACCUAAACAUCGAUUUGGUGCUGAUCAUAACUACUGCAGCUUGACGCCCAAAAGAUCUCAUCUUGCCAGGAGAGCUUCCCUUCAUCUUGUUAAUAUAGCUCCACAGUUGCUCCUCGUCUUGAGAAACACAAUUGAUCAGCUCGUGGAAACGCACAAGCACAUUCAUGAGGAAACGGCUCAUGCAUUUCUUAGUGAAACUUCGGAUUUCGGGUUAUAUCGAGAAGAUAUGGAAACCCAUGAAGAAUUUUCGUCAAAACGUUUGAAUGUCAUCUUGACUCUGAACACAGAUGGGGUAACAUUUAAGAAGUUGACCAAGUCACAGGCAUGGCCCUUGUAUGUACGAUUGGAAGGUCUUGCUCACGCUCAAAAAAAUUCUUUUGAAAAUAUGAUUCUCCCUGGCAUUCUUUUCACAAGCAAAACUCCAUCGCGUGUUAUGCUCGAGCAUCUCUUAUCUCGUUUCAAGCGCGAACUACUAGCUCUGAGUGACCAAGGCCUGGAUAUCUCUGAUCGGCACGGCUCUGUGUGGAAAGUGACUCCCAUUCUCAAAAACGGGAUAGUGGAUUUCAGUGUACGAACUGCAGUGGUUAUACCCCAAACUUUCAGUUUCAUACGUCAGGCUCUUCACAUAUUGUUUAAUUCGCCGGUUUGGAAUGCAGAGCACGGAUGUCACUUGUGCACGUUUGCGGGGUUGAAGGUGGAAAACAGGAUCGUUUGGUACAAUGAAAAUGCUAGCCCAGCUAUUCGUAGAACAAGAGCUUCCAUAUUGCGAGACGCUUCUGCCGAAUUGAAUGGACUCUCCGGUUAA